AUAAAGACACAUGUAGAGAAGAAAGCUGGAAAGAAAUUUGAUGUUUUCACCGCAAAAACAUUCACAACACAAGUUGUGGCUGGGACCAACUUCUUCAUUAAAGUGAGAAUGUGUAUUUUAAAAUCGUUUUGUCUCUGCUUUCUAGCCAAUGUUUAGCAAAAAUAAAUGUAUUGGUUCCACUACAGCAGUGUUUCCCAAACUCGGUGCAGGUUUUGUUUUUUGCCCUAACUAAUCAUAAAGUUUUCAUAAUUUGAAAUAGCUGUGUAGUGUUAGGGCACAAACCAAAACGUGUACCGAGUUUGGGAAACCCUGUACGACAGUGAGUCAUAAUUUUGUUUUCAAGCACUGUGAGAGCUGUGACUCCCAGCCACACCCUCACCACCCCUGUAUGGGUUUCAAAGCAUUAGGCUGUGUUAAAAAUGUAUAGGGAGUGAACAUGUACUGGAAGAGCUUUGUAGACACUAAACAAACUGGUCAUUACUCAGUACAUAUGAGCCUUGAGAGUCCCGUCUCUCCAUCACCUAUGGAUCACUCAUCGGACCCUAAUCCUUCCCUUUCUCAUAGGUCCAUGUUGGUGGAGAUGAAUUUAUGCACCUGUGCGUCCAUAAAACACUACCCCACGCUGGCGGGAAACUGGAGCUGAAUUGUGUCCAGAAUCCCAAAGCUCACCAUGACCCUAUUGGUUUCUUCUGAUUACCUGUAACUCCCUGCAGAGGAUGCCACCCCCAUACUCCAGCCGCCAUGCCUGCUCUGGAUCAUCUGUACCCUUGUUGCUUAUGGUCACCUGUACUGUAUUGUAGUGUAAUAUACUGUAUUGUAUACUUCCAUUGGUAAAAGCCGUCUACACCUUUGACUAAAUGUAUUUUGUUACAAUGCAAUGUAAAUAAACAUUUGACAGACAAUUUUUGCAAAACAAACAAACACUCAGUGAAGUGCUUGUUGUAUAAUUUCACUUAGCAUAUUUCAGUGUUUGUGUUUUGGAGGUAUUUAAAUUAAUCUAUCACAGCAAUUACUGUACACCUAUUAAAUAAUCCCAAGUAGUGACUGACAUGUUUCCCAUGAUUGUAUGGUACCACAUCAGGUAGGGAUUCUGUCAGUUAAAUAGAUCAAAACAAACACACAUGCAAUGACUUUGAGUUGGUUCUGGACGUUCAAAUAUCAUUCUGUCAACAGGAAAGGCGAGCAUCAAUUGCGGUGUGAAGUCUUUUCUUUUUGCUGAAAACAUUUUCCCUCAAUUGGGUGUCUGCUGAAUGCAACCCAAAAGAGGGCCACACCCAUUGUAAGAGGUGAUUACAACCUGUAAUGACAGCAUAGGAUUAACUGAUGGCAGGUUUUACCUGUGAUUACCAUAUUUCACCAAAACACACACAAAGCUGAAAACUGGUAGUUAUCCCUCUGUCUUUGGGGGUUUGAUGAGGGCAAUAAAAAGUAGAGGGUGAGGGGAGGAGAAAAGGAACAGAACUAGAAUAUAAGUCACCAGAAUAAGCAGGAGGUAUGCAAAGUAUCACAGUACUAGGAUGAAAUCAAUGCUAAUCGUGAUGCUGGUGGUGGCAUGUCUGUUGCUGACUGAAUCUGGUGAGUAUGACAUAGAUCACUACAUGCAGCAUGACACACAGGAUAUAGUCAUGUGAUUAUGAUAACAGUGUUACAGGGUAGGCUACAGGAGAUCAUUGAGUGACUGACUCAGUUGACACGACCUCCCUGUUUUAUAUCUUUAGAUGGAAAACGUAAAACCAAGAAAAAUAGGAUGUCAUUACCCAGAGGAGUGAAGAAGAUUCAAGAGGCCCUGGGUGAGUCGUGUUAUAACUUUACUUGCUUGCCUUUGUCCUCUUCCUCUCUGUUUCUCUCCCCUCCACCACUGUCUUUUCUGGGUGAUUCCUUGCAUGAUUAAUUGCAUGUGACACUGUAUGAUGAUUGUAACUUUAUUAAGAAUUGAGAGCUUUGAUGUUAAAACGUUACAUCAUGUCCACAUGUUUAAUAAGUGUUUUGGCCAUUCAUUCGUUCAUGAGGUGGUUGGCUGUGUCUGUUGCAGACCCUAAUCGAAUUGUAAAUACUUUGAAACAGAAAACUAGAUCCGAAGAUCUGGGUGAGUGCAACACAUUUAUUUCUGUACCCAAAACAGUGAUCAACAGGAGGAGUUCUUAUUGCCCUAACCAAUUAUUAAAGACACAUUAAAGACUCCACACAUCUAUAACAUACUGAUUCAUAUUUAGUAUGUAGUUUUCCAACUUGUAGUGUACUUAAAUUCUAUGAUUAAACAAACAUUGUUUACUAUUUUUUAUUUAGCUAAAGUAACAGAGGACGCCAUUGUAAAUGAACAUUUGAGAUGUAAGUAAAAAAUAUUAUUGCAAGCAUAUAAGGAUUACUCUGCAUUAGUAAUGCAAUAUUUAUUCUGAUAUUUUGGACAAAACUGAUGGUAUUUAUUUUGUCUUUGUUCUAGUGACGACCCAAGGUGAGUUGUGAUCAUGAAAGUGAUGAUGCCAUUGCUCAAGUGUCCACAUGUUUGACUGUGUAGUUAUUACUGUGUUAUUUUUUCCCCUCAGUGAUGAACUGGCUUCAUAAAGUGGUUGACGUUGGUGAGCAAUAUCUGUCUGUCUUUUUGUCUGUCUGUCCUUUCUGUCUGUCCUUUCUGUCUGUCUGUCUGUCUGCCUGCCUGUCUCUCUGUCUAGCAUCUAUCAGUGAUUAACACAAUAAUUUCUGAUUUGAUUUCCCAAUUUAGGAAAAGGUAUUGCUAACGGUGUCUGCAAGACAGGUGAGCAUGGUACAAUUAAGAAUAACUGUAUGAAGACAACAUAAACAUACUGUCAACUACACAUCUUGUUCAUUCUAUAUGAACAUCUUAGAGUGGAGGAUUGUCUGCAUUGUUUCCCUCAUUUUGCUUCCCUCCUGUCCUUUAUCCACACAGUCAGCCAUUUAUGAAGGAUUUGAAGCUAGACUUGACAGGAUGGUGAGUACCAAAGACUAUAUGAGUGAGUACCCUCCUAUUUAGUACAACUUGUGUAAGAUAUGUUUUACCUUCUAUCAUCUAGUCCAAUCAUACAAAGACUUGUACUCUCCUCUGUCCUCUCUCUAUUUCAAGAACACAGUGUCAAUACUGUAGAUGGACAGCAGAGGUCACCUUUCUCAUAAAAUUUGCUAUGGGACAGCUGGGAGCAAAGCUGGUGUGAAAAGACUUGCAGUAACACAUCUUGAAACUUCCCCAGUGCAAUCCACAAGCUGAGUCUGCCAUCUGUCAGAAUGAACAUAGUGGCAUCCAGUACAAUUGAUGACUGUCCGUUUUCUUGCUCAUAGCACAUACUAGUUAAUCUAUACCAUAGAACAUAACACAGUAAUACCUAAACUUGCAUGCAUGGUUGUUCAAUCAGUAGACUACAAUCGUUUGUGGUUUAAUUUUUUGGAAUGUAAUACAUGUCAUUACAUUUUCAAGUGGUAGCCUAAUGUUAAACUUAACAAAGUGAAUUACAUUUUUUGUUAAUAAAAUAAUGUUCCGAUAAACUAUCUUAUCCCCUCAAUCAUGGUUUGAUUGUAUUUACACACCUGAAAUAAGCACACAAAUAUUGUCAUUAGAUGCUUAGAACAUUUAUUGGUUAGAUUUCUUAGUAUUGGAUUGAAUAUUUAUAUGUUUCGAGACCACUGUUUCAACUGGCAAGAUACAGUAUAUAAGCUGUAGGUGUGUCUGUUAUACAUAGACUUGCCUACACCUGUUUCAGGUGUUUCAUCACAGUAUGUCUGCCGCCUCCGACUGCCAAAAGAGUGGAAAAUUACCAACUGGAAAAUCAUUUCUUAGAACUUAUAUAAGGAUUACUUGCCCGAACCAGUAUAAUAUUUAAAGGGAUAUACCACUCAAAAGGUAUGUGGAAAAUCAUGGUAGGUUGUAUUUUUUGUUGACUAUACCUUAAACAUUGUGUUGACCUGAGAUAUGAUUACAUGAAGGCUUGCACUUCCUUUUCAAGCAAGGUUUAACACUGAUAGUUACAUUUCACAUUAAACCACACACACACACACACUCACACACACGAAAUCAGAUACAGGGAUUGUGUGUUAGGUGGAGCUCUGUUUACCAUCUAAAAUGCUGACAGUUAGAUUUGAUUCUCUAGUUCCUGCCCACAGAAAGCACUGGAGGGGCAGAUACUGCUUUGUUUAUCACUGUCUACCUAUUUUUGCUGCUGUAUUUUAUUUUCUAAAUUGAUGGGCUGAUGCUUACAAGAGCUUUCAGCCCACUUCACAUGCACACACAUAUUACAUACACACUCAUAACCUGCUGACAAUCACCAAGGCAACUCAUUGUAUAUUUUCUAAAGUUAUUUGAACUUAUUUGAGAUGAAAUGUGUAUUAUGUACUUGCACUUUGAUGAACGCUCUCUCUCAUCAUCUCAAAAUGCAGUUCAUGACGUUCCUUUAUGUGGAACCUCCAGUGUUCUACAGAAGGAGGAGUAACCCCAUAAGCCCCAUCUCCACCCAAGGGUAUUGUGUAACUGGUGUGUGUGUGUCUCUAAGGGGCAGGGGAUAGAGAUGGUAGCAGGUAGCAGCUUGUGUGUGUAUGGGAGGGGGGUGUUUAUGUAAGCCCAUGCUCUACAGUAUAUAUAGGAGUGAGAGGCAGCAAAGAAAAACAGAUAUUAUAUUCUGUCCUUUAUAAUUAAUGAUACUGACCCUGCUCUGCUGUAGCCAUGACGACCAUACUGCUGAGAGCACUAGGAGCACUGCUCUGCUCCUUGGUUGUCACCGCUGAGGUUAUGCCCCAAGGAGACUUCAAUCUACAAGGGGUAAGAGAGAGACUGGAGAGAGGGAUGAACUAGAAAUCAGGGUUACAUUAAAAAUCUAAUGACGAGGACCAAACUAGGGAUUGUUAUGGAGAAAAAAGAAACAGGAGGAGAAGAAAUACAGAAAGAAAACUGUGAUGAAAACAAGAUACAAAUGGAAGGGAUGAAGAGAAAUGUGGGAAUUCUAGUGACACAUUGUUGGGUGUUUCAUUCAUGAAUGAUUCAGGAAAAAUUUCAGUAUCAGCUCUCACAGAUUUAAGGUUUAAACUUUCUGUGACCCCUGCCGACAGGAAUGAGGAGAUUAUGUAAUCUAAUCAGGGCUGGUUUUUGCAGGUGGCAGGAAAAUGGUACCUGGUUGGAUUUGCCACUAAUGCCCAGUGGUUCAUCAACCACAAGGCCAGCAUGAAGAUGGGCACCGCCAUACUGACACCAACUGCUGACGGAGACCUGGAAAUGGCAUAUGCUAGCCGGAAGUAAGAGAGAAAGAGAGAGAUGUUGUGCUGAUACUGUAUGAACUGUAUUGUCUCUGUAGCGCUGAUGGCUCCUGCUGGAGAAUGAACCACCUGGCUGAGAAGACAAACCUUCCGGGGAAAUUCAUCUACAAGAGCGAGCGUAAGUCUAGAACCUAUAAACACAUACACACAGUGCACUAAUGGGCCUAUGUAUGAUAUUGUCAAUUCAUCUCCCUCUCGUCACUCUCUAGGCUGGAAUAAUGAAAAUGACAUGCGUGUCGUUGAUGUUAAGUAUGACGAGUAUGCUCUUAUUCACACCAAGACCAAGGGUGUUUCAGCUGUGCUCACCAACCUGUAUAGUAAGAUCCUUUCCACUCCUCUGUUAAAUCCUAUAACUCAGUCUCAUUAUUUCACUAUUCCUUUCCCCAUCAUUUAGCAAUCUUUUAUUAGAAAUGAUAUUGUAUCCUUCAUAGUAUAUUUAGUCUGCCAUGUACUACAUGUGUUGUGUCUACAGCCCGUGGGACAGACCUGAGCCCUGACCUGCUGCAGAAGUUUAGGCAGUUCUCCCUGGACACUGGCACAAUGCCUGAAAACAUCGCUAUCCUCCCCAAAAACGGUACAUCCCAUCUCUGUUUGUGAAGUGUGUUUAAGUUGGACAAUAUUUCUGGAUAGAAGUGUCAACCUUAUUUCUCUCUUUCUGCAGAUGAGUGUCCUGCUGCGUAAUUUCAUCCAUGUUUUUUACUUUCAAAACAUGCUCCCUUGAUCCGUCUGCAUGGCAUUGCUACUCGAUGGGUAGACCCAUGGCAACUGUGGCAACCAGGAACCUCAUUUAGCUCCAGGGACCCAUCAGGCUCCGCCUUAACCUGUAGCUGAAUUGCCUACUGACACCCAGUGUAGCUGUAACCUCUGUUAGUUUCUCACUUCCCUGACUUGCUCCAAUGAAAUACUGUCUAGUGCUUU